CGUAGAUCGGAAACUUUCGUACGUUUUUUUAUUUCUUUUUUUGUAUUUUUUUUUUUUGUAUACGUGAAUAAAUCUGAAAUACAAUUAUGACGUCAGAAUUUUCCCAUCUCCUUCUGGGUAUCUCUGGUUUUGAGUGUACCUACUUAAAUUAUUCUGCAAUGAGUGUGCUUUGUUGAGUGGGGACACAUCAAUAAAAGAAAAGAAAAUGAACUGUAAAUACUUGUUGUUGCUAAAAAAUCCCCAACACACCACGUUACUAUAAUUUCAAAGAUCACCUCCAACUUAUUUCAGGUAUCUACUUUAAAUCCUCCCUUAUCGUUUAAAUUCUUCUUUCCGCGCACUGUACUCCACUCAAAAAGACACCACAACUCAGUUUUUUGUGAUGUCACUACCGAAUUCUACUCUAUCGCCACUUAACGGCAAAAUAAUUUUCAAAAACGAUCAACAUGCUACAAAAAUUUGCGAAAAACUAAUAAAAUUCUACCAAGAAAACGAAUUUUUUGACACUACUUUAAUAAUUGGCAACAAUCGUGUCAAAAUUCAAGCUCACAAAAUUCUUUUCAUCUUUAAGUGAUUAUUUUUUGGAAAUAUUUCGUCAAAGUCCAUCAGAAAUUAUUUCAAAAACUAUUGAAAUCAAAGAAAUUGAUUAUACAUCUUUCAAACUAAUUCUCGACUACAUGUAUUCGAGUUCGAUUGAAGUUAAUUCUGAAAAUAUUGACUCACUUUUUGAAACUGCAAUUUUUCUUAAAAUUAAAAAUCUAGAAAAAGGAUUUUGUGACUAUUUUGAGAAAAAUAUUAAUACAAAUUUUGAAAAAUAUCUCAAUAUUAAAAAUUGCUUACGUUGGUUAAAAUUAACCAUGGAACGUCGUGGAACUGAUUUUCAAGACAAUAUUUUGAACUUUGUCUAUACAAAUUUUAAAGAAGUUAUCCAAGGAACUGAGUUUUUACUACUUAAUGAAAAUGUACUCAAAGAUUUACUAUUCAAUAAAAACACUCAAACCAACUUGGAAGAAUUAGUGUUUCAAAGUUUAAUGAAUUGGAUUGAAUAUGACAAAGUUAAUCGACAACAUUUGGAAUCGGAAUUACUGUCAAUGGUUCGGUAUAAACUACUUUCAUCACAGUUUAUCAUUAAAAAUAUAAAAUUGGUUGAUACAAAAGUUGAUGAAAAUUAUCAAAAAGUUCUUCGUUGGCUUCGAUAUCAUUUGUCGUUGGAAGAAUCUAGGAAAAAUGAAGACCAAAAAUUAACUUUAACAGUUGAACCGAAAAGGAAGAUCAAUUCAAAUGAAGAUGCUAAUCCUGUCGUCACGAAGAGAAGUGACAAGACAGUCAAUAAAAUUGGUACUGUAUACUUGAACAGUAAAAUGGAAAUUGAGCUUAAAAGCUUUGAUGAAAAAUUGAACAGUUGGAUUAUCGAAAAAAAGUCAGAACCAGUUCCUUCUUUAAAAAAUUUAAAACAACAUUCUAUGAUUUUAAUUGAUGAAAAACUAUACAUAUUUGGUGGCAUGAUCUAUAAUAAUAAUAAUUAUAAUUCAACAAAAAGCUUUCGAUGCAUUGACUUGAAAACUUUACAAUGGACUGAUUUACCCUCUAGGGGAGCUGGCAGAUGUGACAGUCAAUUGGCAAAUAUAAAAGGAAAUAUAUGUGUCUUCGGUGGCUUUAAACUAUCUGAUCAAACACUGUUUGACCAUUCGGUGCUUAUUUUUAAUAUUUCAACACAGGAAUGGAAUUGCCUACGACCACUGUACGAACCGGAGGAACAUAACCGAAUAACGGUUCAUAAUGGUAUUUUAUACAUUUUCGACUUAAAAUUUGGUUCAUUACAAUGUUAUGAUAUUUCUACCAAUAAAUGGACUUUAAAAGAACUACCAAUUGAUCAUAAUAUAUUCGAUUUCUGGUUAACUACUGGAGAAACAUUUUUAUACGGAAUAUUUCAGGAAAAAGAUAGUAUUGGCCAUUGUAUGGGAGGUGUUACUAUUAAACGUUUUGAUUUUUCCAAAAAAUCAUGGCUAAAAGUUGCUAGAAUACCAAAAAUAAAUGUGAAUUCUUCAUCGCCAAUGGUAACAGUUAUUGGUAAUAAAAUCUUGUUUACUUCAUAUUUCAAAGAGUAUAAAAGUGUUGAGUAUAAUCUUGAUAAGGACGAAUCCACUUUUUAUAAUUUAGGGAAUUCUCACUACGAUUCUGUGAAUUAUUGUAUUUUCCCGUAUACAAAUUAGAAUUG